UAUCUAUAAAUCUGUGAAGUGUGCGGACCGGAAUUUAUUAUUUAAUAAUUAAAAUAAUUGAUAUUAUUGUCGAGUGACAAAUUGUAACUUUACACAAAGUGUAAAUACRUUGCUACUGUGCUACCUACAUUUUUUUAGUGAAGUAAAUUUAAAGAAAAUCAUCACAUUGUYYAAAAAUUAAGAAGUAAGAGAAAUUUAUCCUAAUUCAUCUGUUCUACUAGUGAUUUUUUUCGUAACUGUCUAAACUCACCUAUAGCGACAGUAAAAUGGUGACUUCUAUCACUUCAGACGCAGAAUUUGACGCCUUGAAAUCAAAUGGGUUAUCAGUUGUUCAUUUUUAUGCCGAUUGGUCAGAGCCAUGCCAGCACAUGAACAACAUUCUUGCGGAUUUAGCUCUAGAAGAUGAAUUCCGGAAUGUUAAAAUUGCAAAGUGUUUAGCUGAAGAUUUUGCAGAAAUAUCAUUAAAAUAUAAUGUAUCUGCUGUACCAAAAUUUAUACUGUUUCGUAAUGGCGUUCAAGUUGAUGUAUUAGAUGGUGCUGAUCCAAUACAGCUAAAUAAUAAAAUUCAAGCACUGCUAACUAAAGGUGACAAAACAGAUCAAAAAGAGCAAAACAUAAAUUUAAGACUGAAGUCAUUGAUAAAUUCUGCUCCCGUCAUGCUUUUUAUGAAAGGAUCAAAGUCUGAGCCUAAAUGUAAGUUCAGUACAGCAAUUGUAAAUUUACUUAAAGAAAUUGGUGCCGAUUUUAGUACAUUUGAUAUACUYCAAGAUCAAGUUGUUAGAGAAAAAUUAAAAACAUAUUCAAAUUGGCCGACAUAUCCUCAGCUUUAUAUAAAUGGUGAAUUAAUUGGAGGAUUAGAUAUUGUGAAGGAAUUGAAAGAAAAUGGUGAGCUAAAUGAUCUUUUAAAAUUAGAAAACAGUAAAGCUAACCUCAACGACAGACUUAAAUUACUUACACAUAAAUCUGAUGUUAUGGUAUUUAUUAAAGGCAACAAACAACUUGCUCGCUGUGGAUUUAGCAAUCAGUUGAUCCAAAUAUUAAACCAAACAGGCAUUGAUUAUGAAACAUUUGACAUUUUGUCUGAUGAAGAGGUUCGACAAGGAUUAAAAGUUUAUUCUGAUUGGCCAACAUACCCACAAGUUUACGUAAAAGGAUCAUUGAUUGGAGGUUUGGAUAUAAUUAAAGAAUUGAAGGAAGGCGGAGAGUUAAUUGCUACUCUAAAAGGAGAAGUAUAGAAAAACAAAAAAUAGUUUGGUUACUUUUUUUUCAAUUGAUUGAUUGAUAUAGUUGAAUUUAAUUUGGCGUAGAAAUAAUUAUCAGAACUACAGCCAUAAGGAAAAUAUUGUA